AGGGCGUAGGCUCUGUCACCCGGUUGAGGAAGAAGGGUCCGCGAUCGCCGAGCUGCUCGCGCACGAACCGCGAGGUCCACACAGCAGCACGAGAGAUGCAAGUCAAGGGUUGUGAGGAAACAGACUAACUAAACAGAAACACCUCGACCGAGUAUCGUCUUGACUCAGCAGCGUGAACAGAAACACAGCACAGUGAGCAUGUCGGUGCUAGCUCUGCAAGAGUACGAAUUUGAGAGACAGUUCAACGAGGACGAAGCCAUCCGAUGGAUGCAGGAGAACUGGAAGAAGUCCUUUCUCUUCUCUGCACUCUACGUUGCCUUUAUCCUUGGGGGCCGCCAUGUCAUGAAACCGAGGGAGAAGUUUGAGUUGAGGAAGCCACUGGUACUAUGGUCGCUCACGCUUGCUCUAUUCAGUAUAUUUGGUGCCAUCCGUACUGGGAGUUACAUGACGUACAUCCUGAUGACGAAAGGGCUUAAACAGUCGGUUUGUGACCAGAGCUUUUACAACGGGCCUGUUAGCAAGUUCUGGGCAUACGCUUUUGUACUAAGUAAAGCACCAGAACUGGGUGACACUCUCUUCAUUGUCCUGAGGAAACAGAAGCUUAUCUUCCUCCACUGGUACCACCACAUCACUGUGCUGCUCUACUCCUGGUACUCCUACAAAGACAUGGUGGCUGGCGGCGGAUGGUUCAUGACCAUGAACUACUUGGUCCACGCCGUCAUGUACUCUUACUACGCCUUGCGGGCUGCCGGCUUUAAGCUGUCGCGCAAGUUUGCCAUGUUCAUCACACUGACCCAGAUCACCCAGAUGCUGAUGGGCUGUGUGGUCAACUAUCUGGUGUACUCGUGGAUGCAGCAGGGCCAGGAGUGUCCAUCCCACAUGCAGAACAUUGUGUGGUCCUCCCUCAUGUACCUAAGCUACUUUGUGCUCUUUGUCCAGUUCUUCUUCGAGGCCUACUUUGGCAAGUCCAAAUUCUCUGCCACGGCUGUCGGCAAGAAGAGCAAGUGAAGAAAUGCCAUAAGUAUGAGAAGAAGGGAAAUAAUGAAGAAAAAGGGAGUCAGAAAUGGAAAACAGGGACCAGUGACUUGAGAAAAUUUGUUAGGGUUGGCUAAGGGAAUGCUGAAAUGUAAGAUGGGUGAUUGAGAGUAGGCAUGAAGGGGGGAGUGGGGGUGAGGUGGGGUGGGGUGGGAGGGUCAAGAAGAUGGCUGGUGUUUGUGCUUCAGCAUUACUAAUAAUGUGCAGAUCUAAAAUGCCUCAAAGAAUAUGACAUCUUUGUUGAGGGAUGCUGAGGAAGCAGCGUUGCCAUGAUCAAGGCCAUCAUCGAGUUGUCCACCUGAAUUUUAAAAGGACAGUUUUGAACAGUUUUUAAAAUCAAAAAUUAAACAAAAAGACAUAAUUGGCAGAUUAAAAAAAAUACAUUGGCCAUGUGCAUAUGUUUACUUGAUAUUAAAAUGAUUAUUAAUUGGUGCAAAUGAAGAUGGAUGGAGUCAGCAUUGACCUGAACCGUCUGAGUAUGUUUUUGUCUGUCUGUUGUCAGUAUUUGUUGGUUUAUUUUGAUCUGUUUUUAAGAAAAGGUUUGAAACACUGGUGAGUGGUGGUGGUUGAUGUGAACUGAUGGGGUGAAUGGCACUGUAUCUUCUGUGUCUUACAUUGCAAAAUGCGAUAUUUUCUCAGGUGUUAGGUUAUCUCUUUCUUAAUAUAAUAAGCAUAUCAAGACAAAGUAUACAUGUUUAACAAAAGCACCAGUUUACGGUAUGGCUAAAAUUCCUACAGUACGGCCACAUAGUUGAUAACAAUACGAAUGAAGCUGAUUGAACUGACUGACUCAGAUGAUCACAGUGCUCUUAGCAUGAUGGGAAACAGAUCCUGACAGUGCCCUGCUUCACCACUUGUCAUGACCGUGCAGAAGUUGUCUACCACACUUGGAAAAAUGACUUGCCAUUGAUCUCCAAACGCCUCUCUGUUAAAGGGUUUCUACAGGUGAAGAGAACUUGUUGUGUGGACACAGAAGGAUUACAUUGAGGACACACAUUUUUAUGUUUAGCAAAAGAAAAAAAAUUCAAACAUGCUGUAUUGACUUUGAAAAUUAGUAUGUAUCCUUAAUGGUGUAUGUCGUGCUAUUGUGCAUUUGCACUGUAUCAAUGUCAAAACAAUUGUCGCUGAACAACGUAUGAACAAAGAGUGCAAAAAAUGUGACAUA